UCAUACUUAAAGCUUGUUCAAAAAAAAUUUGAAUUUAAAAAUAAAAAUACUCAAAGAUUUAGAAAAUAACAAUUGAAAAAAGCAAAGUAUUGCCAACACUGUAUGACAAUUAAACCAAAGUAUGCACAAUAUCCAAAUUCUUGAAGCGUCGGUAAAAAUUGUAUUCUCACUAUUUCUCUUAUCAGUUAAUUUUGAGUAUCUUGUUUGGGGGAUUUAGUUUAAAAUUAGCGAGCAAGCGAAAUGCAAGUGAAAUGUGGGAUCUUGUUGAUCUUGGGAAUAAUGCCCAGUAUUUUAUCGGAGUUCUGCGAUAAUGGAACUGGCGAGUGCAAAGAUUUGAGUGCCACGGAUUGUCCAGCUGUGUUUUUUAACCUGGCUUUAAUUGGACGUUUUGUGAAAUAUUGCGAUGAGUUCAACGACAUUGUCUGCUGUCCUCUGCCACUCAAUAUGCAACGCCAAACGCAGAAGAUUUCGGCCAAUACUGGGUUAAGGAGAUUCGAAAAGGAGUGUCGUCGCUAUAACGAGAUAAGGACUUCCUGCCGUUCCACUCCGCUGAUUGUGGGUGGCGCCAAGGCAGUUGGAAGGGAAUUCCCCUUCAUGGCGCUACUGGGUCAGCGUGGGAAGAACUCCUCUCAAAUCGAUUGGGACUGUGGAGGCACUCUCAUCCAUCCCAAGUUCGUUCUUACAGCUGCUCAUUGCCUGGAGACCAGCGAGACCAAGGAGCAGCGACUGGAUCCCAACUUCGACUGUCCAAAAUACAUGGUCAGACUGGGUGAGCUGGACUACAAAAGCAACACGGAUGAUGCCCAGCCGCAGGAUUUCCGGGUGGUGAACUACGUGGUGCAUCCUUCCUACGGUGAGGAUGACGACACAGGCACUCGCAAGAACGACAUUGCGAUAGUGGAACUGGAAAGGGAAGCCGUGCUCAAUGAGUAUGUGGCACCUGCCUGCCUGCCUGCGGAAAGUGGAAACGAGCACUCCCAUUUGAGAGCCGCAGGAUGGGGAGCCACUUCGGAGGGAGGACUCUCCUCCUCGCACCUCCUUAAGGUCUCCCUGGAAAGAUUCGAAGAGCAGCAGUGCAGUGAGCGAUUGGAGCAGAAGAUCGACGUGCGAACCCAACUCUGUGCAGGAUCCCGGAACAGCAGUGCGGAUACUUGUUACGGCGACUCAGGAGGUCCUGUCUUCGUCCAGCAUCCUAGAUACUCCUGCUUGAAGGAAGUGAUCGGCAUCACCUCCUAUGGACUUGUGUGCGGAGUGAGGGGAUUGCCCAGUGUUUACACCAAGGUUCAUCUGUACACCGACUGGAUCGAGAAUAUCGUGUGGGGCGAGUAGGCAUCAAAAUAUUUGCCCAACUCAUUUGCAACUCCGGCGAAAAGGUGCCAACUUUUUGGCAUGUUUAAUAAAUGGAGAUAUCUUUUAAAUGAGAAAUUGAUACAAACAUG